AUGCAGACCAAGGAAGAAAGAAUUCCAGAAAACAGCAGUACACCAGCUAAGUUUAUCCUUCUGGGUCUUUCUGAUGAGCCUAAUCUGCAAACUGCAUUGUUCUCUGCUUUUCUCAUCAUCUAUAUUACCAUAUUGACUGGUAAUCUUCUCAUCAUUCUUCUUACAUUGACUGACCACGCCCUACACACACCAAUGUAUUUCUUCCUAAGGAACCUGUCCUUCCUGGAGAUCUGUUACACCUCAGUCAAUGUCCCCAAGAUGCUUCUCAAUAUCCUCUCUGGCAGUAGAUCCAUCUCCUUCCUUGGUUGUGCCCUGCAGACCUACUUCACAUUCUUCUUGGGUGGGUCAGAGUGCUUCCUCUUGGCCUCGAUGGCCUAUGAUCGUUACCUUGCUAUUUGCAAGCCUCUGCACUACUCUGUCCUGAUGAGUCAAAAAGUUUAUACAAGUCUAACAGUGGCAUCUUGGUUAAGUGGGUUUCUGAUGUCCUUUGGUCACACCAGCAUGGUGUUUACUCUGCCUUUUUGUGACUCCAAUGUGAUCAACCAUUUCUUUUGUGACAUUCCUCCAUUGCUGAAAUUAGCAUGUGGGGAUACUUCCAGGACUGAAAUUGCUGUCUUUGCAAUAGCUAUGAUGUGUGUGACUUUUCCUUUUGUCCUGAUCUUGAUGUCUUAUGCUGGCAUCAUUGCUGCCAUUUUGAAGUUCUCUUCCUCUGAAGGAUGGAGGAAGACCUUCUCCACCUGCUCUUCACAUCUAAUUGUGGUGACCUUAUUCUUUGGUUCUGCUUGCAUUAUAUAUUUGAAGCCCAAUUCCACUUACUUUCCAAACCAUGAUAAGUACCUCUCUCUCUUCUACACUGUUGUUGGUCCCAUUUUAAACCCUGUCAUAUACAGUUUGCGGAAUAAAGAGCUGACUGCAGCAUUGAUCAGUUGGAAUCAAAUGUGGUGCAUUCAUGUGCACAUUUAA